CGUGGCAAGGUCAGCUACUGGAUAUAAAAUCUACCGGGAGGGGAUUCAAACUUUCAGUUCCAUUUCUGAACCGGAAGAUAAUCGAUCUGUAACUGCCUCAAAAUGAAAUCCCUGUUCGUUGUUGCACUGACGCUGAGCGUUGUAGCCGUGUCCUUUGCCGGCAGACCCCUAUUGAUAAACGAUCUAUUCGAGGCUGCUCAAAAGUUGAAGAGCGCUUUGCCAAACAUCAUCUCGGCAGUUAAGAAUGGAGGUGACCAGGACUUGACCAACGCCCUCAACAACACCGCAAACGCCGUCGAUGCCGUCUGGGAUAACCGAUUCAGAACCUCUCCCGAGGAUCUGCCAAAUAUCAAGAAAACUGUCAAACUGCUGGAGAAGAUCAGUGACACGAUCCAGAAUGCCGAUGCAGAAGUGGCAAACAAGCUGAACAAGCUGGCCGCCGAAACUCAGGAGCGUGCUAACAACAUGAAAACCAAAAAUUAAACAUUUUAUAAAUGCCAGACAAAUAUACAGGAGUUCAUUGAAAAAGUA